GCGAAAGCUCUCUCUGCGAUCAACUUCUGAAAAUGGCACCGGAGCUUAUAAAAACUGCCUCCGCCGUGAUGAAGAUGGCCGCCGCCGUGCCGGGUCGAGCGUACGUGACGUUCCUCGCCGGAGACGGAGACUACGUGAAGGGAGUGGUGGGGUUGGCGAAAGGGUUGAGGAUGGUGAAGUCGGCGUAUCCGCUGGUAGUUGCGGUGUUACCGGACGUGCCGGAAGAGCACCGGAGGUUACUGACGGAGCAAGGCUGCAUUGUUCGAGAGAUCGAACCCGUUUACCCGCCCGAUAACCAGACCCAGUUCGCCAUGGCUUAUUACGUCAUCAACUAUUCCAAGCUCCGUAUCUGGAAGUUCGUGGAGUACGACAAGAUGGUAUACCUGGACGGAGACAUUCAAGUGUACGGCAACAUAGACCACUUGUUCGAUCUGCCUGACGGAAGCUUCUACGCGGUGAUGGACUGUUUCUGCGAGAAGACAUGGAGCCACACUCCUCAGUACAAGAUCGGAUACUGCCAACAAUGUCCCGACAAGGUCAAGUGGCCAGCCGAGCUUGGCGAGCCACCGGCUCUCUACUUCAACGCCGGAAUGUUCGUCUUCGAGCCUGACCUCGUCUCCUACCAUGAUCUCCUCCGAACCCUCGAGAUCACUCCUCCCACUCCCUUCGCCGAACAGGACUUUCUGAACAUGUACUUCAGGAAGAAAUACAAGCCGAUUCCUCUGAUAUACAAUCUGGUCAUGGCCAUGUUGUGGCGUCACCCGGAAAACGUUGAACUCGACAAAGUGAAGGUGGUCCACUACUGUGCAGCGGGAUCGAAGCCAUGGAGGUAUACGGGGGAGGAGGAAAACAUGGACAGAGAAGACAUAAAGAUGCUGGUGAAGAAGUGGUGGGACAUUUACAACGACGAGUCCCUGGAUUACAAGAAAUCAUCAGCUGUAGCCGGCAACGGAGAGACAGAGCCGGUGAAACUUCAGCCGUUAUUCGCUGCUCUGUCGGAAGCAGGACGUGUCAAGUACGUCACCGCACCUUCCGCUGCCUGAUUCUCUCCCUUGGUUGGGUCCCUAUGGCUAUGGAUGUUAAAUUCAUCGGAAUACAAAGAAUAAAUUAAAAAUACAUAAAAAAAAAGGAGUAAUUGUAAUUUGUAAAGAUAGGGGGUAGAAGGGUGAGGAAGCAUGAUUUUUCCCCGACUAUCCAUCCGGGCGGCGACUGAAUUCGGGAUUUCUUGAUUGCGUCUCGUGUGACAGACGGGUUUUGUUGUUACUGGGACCAGACCUGCUGUCUGGUUUAGGGAUGAUUUGU